UCGCAGCAAUGGAGGAUCUAUGGAAGAGGGCAAAAUCGUUCGCAGAAGAAGCGGGUAAGAAGUCUCAGACGAUAACACAAUCAUCCUCCGCGACCUUCGUCAAUCUCGUCACCGAGACUGCUAAGAAAUCCAAGGAACUCGCUCUCGAAGCUUCGAAGAAAGCUGAUCAAUUCAAUGCCGCCGAUUUCGUUGCUGAAACGGCUAAGAAAUCCAAAGAAUUCGCUGCUGAAGCUUCAAAGAAGGCGGAUCAGUUCAAAGUCGCCGCGCUGAAACAAGCUGAUCAGAUCCAGAACAUCAAAUCGAUCGCUGAUAUAAUCGGGACCGGGACCGGGUCAGGAUCCGGUUCAGAAGCGGAGCUUCUCGAAUUCGGUGUAACGGAUGAUUUGAGAGAGUUCGCUGAAGGCUUGACCUCUGCUACAUUCCAAGCUUUUCCUGAUCAAGAUCAAGGGGAUGAAGUUUCCGAUGUGAUAACAAAUGCUUCGAAUGUUCGAAAGGAUCUCUCGGAUUGGCAAGAGAGACAUGCCACUCUGGUUCUAACCUCUGUCAAGCAAAUCUCCAAGUUAAGAUACGAACUUUGCCCUCGUUUCAUGAAAGAAAGGAGGUUCUGGAGGAUUUAUUUCACACUAGUGAGCACUCAUGUUUCUCCGUAAGUCUUUACCAUCUCUUCUAUAAAUUUAUGAUUUUAUAGAAUAGCAUUAUUUUAUCUCUUCUAUAUAUUUAUUUGAUUCUUAUUCUUAAUCAGUUACCAUGUCUUAAUACACCGAUAGCAUUUCUUUGCUAAACUUUCUCCUAAUCAUAUUAUUGCUAAUAAAAAAACUAAUUGGAUUUUAGGAUUUGGUGUUAUUUUGUUAGAUGAUAGUGUAUGGUUGUAAAAGAAGAUUUUGUUGUUACUCUUACAAUCUCCAUCGCACUAUGUGAUAAGCAAGCAUAACUCUUAUUUCAUUCGUGUUUAAGUAGGAUUUGCAGGAAGAAAAAGUGCAAACAUAGAUAGAUACCAGCAUAUAGGCACAGAUCCAGGCCAAUCAUUCUCUUUACCAUUUCCAUCUGAGCUCAUGAGCCCUCGUUUGAUUCUUCAUCUUUUCUUUUCCUGUUUUAUCUUCACCAACUGCUACAAACUUCUUUCUCUUGUCCGAAUUCUCUGCCUUUUUCGUCUUUUCGUUGUCUACUUCCUUCUUCUUCUCUGUGAUCUCAAUCUUGGUAUCUCCUUCCAUCUUUAUAUUUAUGUUCACCUCCAAUACUCUCUUGCUCUUUCUCAUUGAAACAUCGAACAACUCCUCUCUUUCUCGUCUUUGUUCAUAAAGUCGACGCAGCUUGAGUGCGAGAUUGUAGAUCCCGUCCUUGAAUUCCCCUUCCAAAUUUCUUUCGAUUUCCAUUUCUAGCUCAUCGCGGAUCCUCUCUUCGUCUUUAGACAAUAAGAGUCUCCUCUCCGCCUACAAUAAUACUUAUAAACAAUGAGUAGCUGCUUUUCUUUCCAUGAUGAAGAUAUGAGAGGAAGUACAUGGAGGAACUUAAGACCAAAGGAGAGCAUGGAAAUGAAGAAGCUAAGAAGGCUCCAGCGACUGGAGAGACAGAAACAGUAGAAAAGAAUGUUGCAAUCCGUAGAACAUCUACUGCGUCUUCUGAGCAGGAUCUGGAUACAUUCCUGUUGGGUGAUCUAGAAGACAGUGAUGAAGCUCCAGAUGAUGGUGAUGGAAGCCUUGAGGAUGACUUUGACAAGAUUGGAAACUCAGAUGUUGAAGACGAGAAGCAAUCAUCUAAAGCUACAACAAAUGCAGGAAACGAAGUGUCUUGUUAGUUUUAAGUUCCAAUUAGAAAAGGGUAAAUGAAGAAGAUGCUUGAAAUGUAUAGUUUUGAUUUAGUAAGUGAUGCAUACGAAGACCUUGAUUUCGCAAUUCAUAUAUGAUUCAUUUGUUUUGCCAAACAGUCCUCUGGUUCGUUUUGUACAGCACUGCUACCGAUAAGUAGUCAAUUACUUCAACUCUAAACUUCUCUAGUCUUUUGGGUUCACCCAUCACAAAUUCACAAUGAAAUCUAUUCAUGCUUUUCCG